AUGGUUCGUAACCGAACAGGAGACGAACUGUACGUGGGCUUUCUCGCUGGCUACGUGCACUCUAAGGUGGUGUUGGGUGCACUACUCCUGGCGAUAGAGACGAUCAACAACGAUUCCUCGCUGCUGCCCGGUAAAAAGUUGCGCCUCCGUGCGGUGGACAUUGGCGCUCAGAAGUCCUUGAAGGCUUUCCCGAUCCAGAAGAUGACCGAAAUGCGUGACAGCGGCAUCGUGGCGUUUAUCGGUCCGGAUGAAACUUGCACCUCUGAGGCGUUGGUUGCUUCGGCCUGGAACCUACCGAUGAUAUCGUAUAAAUGCGCCGAUAUCGCCGUGUCAGACAAGGCGGUGUACAGCAGCUUCGCCAGGACUCUGCCACCGGCAACGAAGGUGUCGAAAAGUGUAGCUGCCCUGCUGCUGGCCAACAAUUGGCAUUGCUUCACCAUCGUGGCUGGAAAACAUCCGGCUUGGAGCAUGGAAAUCGCUCACGCAAUCAAGCUCCAAGCGGAAUCCAACAAUUUGACGCUGAAUCACUUUCGUAUCUAUUCGGAUUACAUUCCGUCGAAAAUCUACAAGCUCCAGCAGAUAGUGGACGAUACUUACCGGAACACACGUGUUUACGUCUUCGUUGGGGAUCACAUCGAAAUGGUGGACUUCGUGCGAUGUCUGCAGAAUCGGAAGCUUCUGAGCACGGGUGAUUACGUCGUGGUAUCGAUUGACGAUGAGAUUUACGAUCCGAAUAUGAAGCGAAACAUCUAUCAAGAGUAUUCGGAUUUCUACCAAAAGUACAUCGGCAUCGCGAAGGAUAAGCACCAGAACCGAAAGCGCAACAACUACAAGGACCAAGAACGGUUGCAGGAAGCGUUCCAGUCGGUGCUGCGUAUUUCGCCGCUCUUUCCGAUGAACCCGAAGUAUCGCAAACUCUGCCACCAGUUUAAACUGUACUCGCGUAAGGAUCCUUUCCACGUGCCACUGCCAUUCAACAAGCACAUUUUCGAUGAGAUAAAGGUGCCCAUCUACGGCGCGUACCUGUAUGACGCGCUCGUCAUCUACGCGCGGGCUGCGACCGAAGUCCUGCGCGAUGGUGGAGACAUCUCCGAUGGAAGAUUAAUUAUGCGCCAUAUAUUCAACCGGUCGUACCACUCGAUCCAAGGAUUCGACGUUUACAUCGAUGCCAACGGUGAUGCGGAGGGAAACUUUUCGGUUCUGGCGCUGCAAAAGGACGACAAGGUGAACAACUCGCUCCAGAUGUCGAUGCAACCGGUGGCGCUGUUUGCGUACGGGGGGCGUAAUGCAACAACUAGUACAACUCUCCCCGAGUUCCGCUAUCUUAACCCGAACCGGCCCAUCAUGUGGCUAAAGGGUCGUCCACCGCUUGCUGAGCCGGUGUGCGGGUUUUACAACGAGAAGUGCCGCCCAAAGGCGAAAGACUGGCGAUAUAUCUGCGGUGCGCUGGUUGUACUUUUCUUUAUGACCAUUUUCACCAGCAUCCUUUUCAAGCACUACCGUUACGAGCAAACGUUGGCGUGUUUGCUGUGGAAAGUGGAUAUGAAGGACGUUAUCCUGAUCACAUCACCCGACGCUCUGUACAACAACGAGUUGCGCAAGAAUCUGGUUUGUCAACAGAGCAUUAUGGUCAGCAACGCGGGAGACUCAAACAAACGCGCUUACACAACCAUCGGCCUUCACCGUGGUAACAUCGUCGCGAUCAAGUAUCUUCAAAAACGCUCCGUUGACAUUACCCGCAACAUCCGCAAGGAGCUGAAGCAGAUGCGCGAAAUUCGCCAUGAGAACCUGAUCACUUUCAUCGGCGCAUCGAUCGAUCAGGGCACGGUGAGUAUACUAACGUCGUACUGUGCCCGCGGAAGCCUCGUCGAUGUCCUCUCGAACGAAGAUCUGAAGCUGGAUCACAUGUUCGUGUCGUCGUUGGUGAGCGAUAUCGUAAAGGGGUUGAUCUACCUUCACGACAGUGACGUCGGUUCGCACGGUAACCUGCGAUCGAGUAAGAUCCUCAUCGAUUCCCGGUGGGUUGCACAAAUAGCGGACUUUGGGUUGCACGAGUUCAAAUCCUGUCAGGAGGAGCCAAGCAAAUUCGAGAAGGAGCUGAGGCGAAGCCUUUGGAAGGCACCGGAGAUCUUGCGAGACCCCAACUGUCUGCCCAGAGGGACGCAGAAAGCCGACGUGUAUUCGUUUGGAAUUGUGCUGUAUGAAAUCAUCGGCCGAAAGGGUCCGUGGGGGGACAUUAACAUGAGAUGGCAAGACAUCAUCGCGAGGGUUAUGUCCCCAGAAGAACUGGGCAUAUUUCGACCAUCACUUCGAGGUAUCGAUGCCCCGGAAUACGUGAUACAGUUGCUCCAUUCGUGCUGGGAGGAAGAUCCAGAGGAUCGGCCAGAUAUACGACUGGUACGAGUGAAGCUGAAACCGAUGCAAGCUGGACUGAAACCAAACAUUUUCGAUAACAUGCUAGCCAUUAUGGAGAAGUAUGCCUACAACUUGGAAGGUAUCGUGCAAGAGCGAACAAAUCAGCUCACGGAGGAGAAGAAAAAAACCGAAUCACUUCUGCUAAGGAUGCUGCCCAAGAGUGUCGCAGAGUCCCUUAAGCGAGGCGAACGGGUGGAGGCCGAAUGCUUUGACUGCGUCACCAUCUUCUUCAGUGAUCUGGUGGGUUUUACGGAGCUGUGCGCUCAAAGCACCCCGUUCGAGGUAGUCGAAAUGCUGAACGAUUUGUACACCUGCUGUGACUUCAUCAUCUCCAGCUACGAUGUGUACAAGGUGGAAACGAUCGGUGAUGCGUACAUGGUAGUUUCGGGACUUCCUCUUCGGAAUGGAGAUCGACACGCGGGUGAGAUCGCCUCGAUGGCACUGCACCUGUUAAAAUCGAUCUCGAACCUCGAGAUACGCCAUCGACCAGGAGAGUUCAUCCAGAUGCGCAUAGGGGUACACUCCGGUCAAUGCGUGGCGGGUGUUGUUGGAUUGAAAAUGCCCCGAUAUUGUCUGUUCGGUGACACGGUUAACACGGCUUCUCGCAUGGAAAGCAACGGAGAGGCAUUGAAAAUUCACAUCUCGUCGGCGACGUACGGGCUUCUGAAGAAACUCGGUGGCUAUAAAUGCGAAGAACGUGGCAUCAUUAAGGUUAAGGGAAAAGGUGAGAUGCGAACGUACUGGCUGCUUGGUGAGGAUGAUCAGAAGCGGAUGGAUCGUUUUGGUUCAAACGACGCUAUUACGAGUUUGAGUAAGUCCAUCCCAGAUUUGCUCUGUACGCCCGAUCAGCCGCAGCCUAGCAUAAGCCGAACGUCGCUAAGGCGUAUGCUUUCCGAUACCAUUCCAGCGCUGCAUCACGUUCAUCAGCAUAGUUCCAGCGAUCAACAAAUUCCGUCGAUUAGUUUUCUCGCACACAACGGCUCGAACUUGGGAUGUUACAUUUGUCACAAGCGAAAGGUGCACGUGGGCAACACACCUAUGGCGGACAGCACACAACGGCUUUCGAUCAUCAACGGAAGCUACGGCGUGGAUGAAGCUAUCUGCACGUGCCGACAACGAAACUGUUUGCUAGAAUAUUACAACGACAAUUUAAUGACUGUUCGGACGAUUCGAGAGCCGCGAUCAGCUCCUCAAAUCACAUUCAUGCAGUGA